GGGCAGCAAGAGGUAUAAGAGGAGAGAGAGAGAGAUCAGAGGCGAGUGUACGAGAAGGGUACACCUGCCUGCAACCCACGCCGCACUCCCUACCGUCAGCCCGUCCUCACGCGAAGCGCGCCACAAGCCUCUCUCGCCGCGGCCUCUCCCACGCCGAGCAUGUCUGUGUCGCCUGCUGCGCCGUCGUCGGCGCCUUCUGUGCGCAACACGCGCACCGCUGAAGCCGAGCACAAGGCGCAAGAGGCGCUGGAGAAGCACAAGGCAGACGAGGCGGGCUUCAUCGUGCAUGAACGCAGCGCAGACGGCGCCAUCCUCAACGCCGAGUCGUCGCUCUCCACCCUCAGCACGCUCCUCACGCCCCUCUCCUCGCUCUUCCUGCGCAAUCGCCACGCGCCGCCUGCCCCUUGCUCCUCUUUACAACUCUCCAUCUCCGCCGCUGCUCGCGCUCUGCUGCGCUCCCGCGCCGACGGCGCAGCGCUGCAGGCGGACUGCACGCUGCAGCUGCGCCAGCUGGGCGCGAUGCCGCAGCACGACGUCGUGGCGGUGCUGGAGUGCGCGGGCAACCGCAGGCGCGAGAUGGCGCGCCCCGAGCGGGGCGAGAGCAGCGAGGGCAUCCAGUGGGGCGCGGGUGCCGUGGGCAAUGUGGCGUGGCGCGGAGUGAGGCUGUUUGAUCUGCUCCGCCUCCUCGGGCUCCAUCUCGACGCACUUGACGACGCGUCUUCACUGCGCUUCGAAGGCCUGCAUCUGCACCUCCUCUCCUCGCAGGCGCUCUUCGGCGCCUCUCUCCCCCUCGCUGCGCUUGCGCCGCAGCACCUCGUGGCCACGCACGCCAACGACGAGGCACUGCCUCGUGUGCACGGCGGCGCGCUGCGCGCCGUGCUGCCCGGCGUCGUCGGCGCGCGCUGGAUCAAGUGGCUGCGCGCACUGCACGUUGACGUCGUGCCGGAGGCGUCGGCGCCGAUGCGCGACGACUACAAGAUGCUCUGCCCGCCGGCGGGGCUGGCGGAGAGACAGCGGAGCGAGUGGCUGGCGCGCAUGUCGGGAGCGCAGAUGGACGGCGAGAUGAGAAGGCGCCUCAUGCUUGAACAGCCGGCACUGAUGAGCGUGGGCAUUGGGAGCGCCGUGGUGACGCCGCGAGAGGGCGAGGUCGUGGAUGUGCAUGGCGAGAUUCGAGGCUAUGCUGUGCCCGCAAACGGCCAGGCAAUCCAAUCCGUCUCGCUGCUCUUCCUCGCUCUCCCCGCCACGACGCCGCCCUCCUCCUCGCUCUCCCGCACGCACCUGCGCCAGCUGGCGGCCGCGCGGCCCGCGCACGAGUGGCGCGCCGCGCAGCUGCUCGGCUCGCCGGCGGCGGCGCAAGACGUGGGCGGCGGCACGUGGGGAUGGACGCUUUGGCGCGCCAGCGUCAAGCCGCUGCUGCGGCCUGCGCGACGACGAGGAGAGGCGCGAGGGAAGGAAGAGGCAUGGGCGGUGGUGGUACGAGCCUCGACGAGCGAGGCGCGGCAGGAGCAGGAAUCGCCGUACAAUGUCCGAGGCUUCGCCAAUCGCAGCUGGCCCGUCGUGCGCAUCAGCGUCGCAAGUUGAGCGCGCGCGCGGGGUGAGAGGCGAGG